AAACCCUAAUUCCCCCGCCCUUCCCAUUUCUCUCCCCUCUUCCCUCCUUUUCUUCCGCAAUACAAACUCCUCUCUGAGGACUUCUGCCUCUUCUGCCACUGCCUCCUCUGCUCUGCUAAUGUGAAGGCUCGAAGCAGAGCAGCCCGCAAACAGAGCUUCUGGAACCUGACGCAGGGGACACUCUGUCCGAGACGCAGAGAGAAUGGGGAAGUACAUGAAGAAAUCGCGGGUCUCCGAGGUCUCUCCGCAGCAGGCCCUUGCCUCCGGCGUCCGUACCAGGGCCAAGACCCUCGCCCUCCAGCGGCAGCUUCAGGCCGAGCCUGACGCCUCCUCCCUCUGCUACCUCCAGCUCAGGAACCGCCGCCUCCACAAGCUCCCUCCUCCCCCUCCCCCUCCUCCUACCCUCCCCAGCCGGCCUUCCGCCCGCAGGCAGCAGCCACCCCGGGUCAGGGCGAGCCCGGAGGGGGACGUGGCGUGCUUGGUCGAAAAUGGGGGAGGAGGCGAGCCAGAGGAUUGCAGCGAUGGCCGUGUCGAGGCUUCUUUCGGGGAGAACAAUCUCGAGUCUGAAGAGAUGGUGGACAGGAAUACUAGGGAAAGCACGCCAUGUAGCUCAAUACGGGAUCCCAGUUCCAUUGGGACACCCGGGUCCACCACAAGGAGAACCCCAUGUACAACUUCUCGGAGGGUUCGAAGCGAGCUGCUUAGGGACAUUCCUACGAUGCAGGAGUUGGAGGAGUUCUUUGCCUUAGCAGAACAGCAGCAACAGAGAUUGUUUCUUAGCAAGUACAACUUCGACAUCGCAAAUGAUGCCCCUAUCCCGGGACGCUUUGAGUGGGUUCGAGUAGUUUAAGGGUGGCCCUCGUCCAGACAAUUCUCUAGCUGUAUCCACCUCCUCGUUGAUCAGUGGGCCCGACGUAAACUUUGUAAUGCAUUGCACUAACCAUAGGAAUUAGCUUCUCUACUGUAAUCUGCUUUAGAGAGAGAGAGAGAGAGAGAGAGAGUAAAGGCAAUGGAAUCUGUAGUAGAUUCUGUUCCUGUUCCUAGAUUAAAAAUGCCUGGAAUUUCACCUAUUAUAUUAUCUAUUUGCAGCUUAGCAGUAACAAGUAGAAACAAGACUUGUCUCAUAAGAAAGGUAAAAGCAGCCUCAUUGUUGUGUCCU